AUGGCUUCAAUCGCCUCUUUGUCUUUCUCACCACCGGCUAUACCCAGACAGACCCUGCUUUAUCGCCUGUCUGUCUUUCCCGCUAAAUCGCGUUGCUUCGAAAGUCAAUUGCGAUAUUCUCGUCGUCGUCCAUCCUUUUCUUCUAUUAAUUCUUCUCCGCUUAGUUACUCUCUAAAUUUCAGAGUGCGGCGGAGAAGCGGCGGCGGUUCAUAUGGUGCGUUGGCUUGCUCAACGACGCCGUUUAUGGGGAGAGUUGGAUUGCAGUGGAGAGAUGGGAACAUGUCUCUGUUAUCUUUCUGUGGGGGAACCGAAGCUUCGGAGAGAGCUGAUUCGUCUCAGGUUCUAUCCGCUUUGCUUCCAUUCGUCGUCGCUCUCACCGCCGUAGCUGCUCUCUCCUACCCACCUACUUUCACCUGGGUAUCUAAGGAACUGUAUGCUCCUGCUCUUGGAGGGAUAAUGCUAUCCAUUGGAAUCCAGCUUUCAGUUCAAGAUUUCGCUCUUGCAUUCAAAAGACCAGUGCCGUUGUCUGUUGGGUUUAUUGCUCAGUAUGCUCUGAAACCGCUUCUUGGGGUCUUAGUUGCUAAUGCCUUUGGGAUGCCGAGGAGCUUCUAUGCUGGGUUUGUACUCACUUGUUGUGUGGCAGGGGCUCAAUUAUCUAGCUACGCGAGUUCUCUGAGCAAAGCAGAUGUUGCUAUGAGCAUUCUUCUCACUAGUUGUACUACUAUUGCAUCUGUACUCUUUACUCCAAUGCUAAGUGGUCUUCUAAUUGGAUCGGUUGUUCCUGUUGAUGCAAUUGCCAUGUCCAAGUCCAUACUACAGGUAGUGCUUGUUCCAGUCACUCUUGGCCUUGUGUUAAAUACUUAUGCAAAGCCUCUGGUCUCUCUUCUUCGACCUGUGAUGCCGUUUGUUGCUAUGGUAUGCACUUCAUUGUGCAUUGGAAGCCCACUUUCGAUCAAUCAAAGUCAGAUUCUUUCAGCAGAAGGUCUUCGAUUGAUUCUUCCAGUUAUUACAUUCCACGCAUUAGCAUUUGCUGUGGGAUAUUGGUUCUCCAAGAUCCCGGGCUUAAGGCAAGAGGAAGAAGUUAGCCGGACGAUCUCCCUUUGCACAGGAAUGCAAAGCUCCACAUUAGCCGGGCUUCUUGCAAGCCAGUUCCUUGGUAGCAGCCAAGCCGUGCCAGCAGCUUGCUCUGUGGUUGUAAUGGCCAUAAUGGGUCUAUGCCUUGCCUCCUUCUGGGGCAACGGGUUUCGAAUCAGGGAUUGUCUGUCUCUAACACCGCAAAGCAGUGGCCAUGCCGCUGAAUCAUGA